AUGAACUCCCCAUACUCUCCAGGCCCUCCCCCUCCCCAUAUCUUCACCCCGCCCCACCAAUCCGGCCCUCACCCAACCGCCUGGCCCUCACAAUUCCGUAAUCAACACCACGGCCCCCCAAUGAACCAUCCCCUCUACCCAGGCCCCAUCCCGCAACCAGACAAUCCCCAACCCAGCCCGAGCCCCGAGCCCAAGCCCACAAAGACACACCAGCCAAGCCAAGCCGACGUCAAGGCCUCAUUUGCCCGUUUGGCCGAGUGUAUCCCAGAGGCAGCACUUACGUCGUCGGAGAGAGCUUUGUUCUUCGCAAACAUCCGCCUCGCCUUCCCGGCCCACACUCACGCCCUCGAAAUCGUGUCCGCUACAUCGACAAGAACAGUCGGUCGUGACGAACUGUAUCAUUCCCGCUGCCGCUACCUUGCGCUGGUCUCAUUUGACCACAACAAUGACGGCGAUUCCGGCAAUGACGGUGAAGAGAUGCAGAUUCUAGCAGAGAGUGGCAGGGCUGUGCUGAGGUACCAGGAUGAGGAAGAGGAAGUGGAGGAGGUUGAAGUCGUGGGAGGGGGAGGAGGUGGGAUGAGUUUGAUGAAGGGGUUGUUCAGGGGCUUGUGCGCUGCUGUUGAGGAGGUUGUGGAGGGGAAGUUGGAUGGGGUUCGGAGGAGGGAUGGGGAGAGGGAGAAGGAGAAGGAGAGGGAAAGGGAGAAAAUGAGAGAGAGGGAGGGGAAGGGGGCUAGGAAGGGGGAGAGGAAGGUUGCGUUUGAUAGGAGGGGAUAG